CGAGCAGCUGCUCAUAUCAUAAGGUCUGAUUAUCACAGAACUGGUAAAUAAAAACUUUCCUGUAGUUGAGAGGAGUUUUGCAUGAUUUAACAAAUAUCUUCUCAGUUUUCUUUUUAAUUCCAGCUGUAGGCUGGAAUUGAUCAAGGGUUCUUAACUGGAAACCUGAGAGGGGGUCAGGGAAAAGGGACAGGAACAAAAUUUGCAUGCAACUAGGAGAGGGAACUGUUUCAGAACAGCUACGAAUGGGAAACUUUGAAAACUACGUUUCCCCACAGACUUUUUCGUCUGAAGUUUAGGAGCAACAAGGCUGCUGUGAGCUUUCAGAAACCUUCUCUGUACACUGGGAUGAUGAUGUGUGGUGUUUUUAUUUUUCCUGGAGUCUGAGGAGUUUUCCUUUCCAGUAGCAGCCGCCUUCUCUUUAGAGGAUGCCUGUGUUGAAUAGAUUUUUCAACGUGUUGGACAUGGGUAGGCAGUGGGGAACCGAAGAAGAUCUGAUGCCCAUGUCCAUGAGCAGCCAUCCCUUUGGUCAGCCAAGGAUCCUAGCUUGGGAGCUGCCUGAGAUGUUCAAAAUGGUAAAGCUAAUUUGGAAGUCAAAAAGUGAUCUCCAGGGAACAAAGCAGAGAGGAGUUCUAGAAAAUGAAGAUGCUCCAAAUAGUUUAUCAGGAGAUGCACGGCUGAGAGAUCAGACAGGGGUUCUCUCUGAACGACGUGGUUCCUACCCAUUUAUAGACUUCCGUCUUCUCAACAAUACCAUUUACUCAGGGGAAAUUAGCACAAAGAAAAAGGUAAAGAGACUGUUAAGCUUUCAGAGAUACUUCCAUGCAUCCAGGCUUUUGCGUGGGAUCAUACCACAAACUUCAUUGUAUCUGCUGGAUGAAGACUACCUUGGUCAAGCAAGGCAUAUGCUAUCCAAAGUGGGAAUGUGGGAUUUUGAUAUUUUCUUGUUUGACCGCUUGACAAAUGGAAACAGCCUAGUAACCUUGCUGUGCCACCUCUUCAAUGUACAUGGGCUUAUCCAUCAUUUCCAGUUAGACAUGGUUACAUUACACAGAUUCUUGGUUAUGGUGCAAGAAGAUUAUCAUAGCCAAAACCCAUACCACAAUGCUGUCCAUGCUGCUGAUGUCACACAAGCUAUGCACUGCUAUCUAAAGGAGCCCAAGCUUGCUAACUUCAUAACUCCUCUGGACAUUAUGCUGGGACUGCUAGCUGCUGCAGCGCAUGAUGUAGACCAUCCAGGUGUCAACCAACCAUUUUUGAUAAAAACCAAACACCAUCUUGCCAGUUUAUACCAGAACGUCUCUGUAUUAGAAAACCAUCACUGGCGAUCUACAGUAGGCAUGCUUCGAGAGUCCAGGUUACUUGCACAUCUGCCAAAGGAAGAGAGGCAUGAUAUUGAACAACAGCUGGGCUCUCUGAUCUUAGCAACAGACAUCAAUAGGCAGAAUGAAUUCCUGACUCGUUUAAAAGCCCAUCUAAAAAAUCAGGAUCUGAGAUUAGAAGACGCACCAGAUAGACAUUUUAUGCUUCAGAUUGCACUCAAGUGUGCAGACAUCUGCAAUCCUUGCCGACUCUGGGAGAUGAGCAAACAGUGGAGUGAACGAGUUUGUGAGGAAUUCUAUAGGCAAGGUGACCUGGAGCAGAAAUUUGACCUGGAAAUAAGUCCUCUUUGUAAUCAACAGAAAGACACAAUCCCUAGUAUACAAAUUGGCUUCAUGACCUACAUUGUGGAGCCACUCUUUGAAGAAUGGGCCAACUUUACUGGGAACACUCCCUUAUCAGAAAACAUGCAAAAUCAUCUGCGGAGGAACAAGGCCAAGUGGAGGAAUUUACUUCACAAGCAACACAGCAGUGCUAGGAACACUGACCACUCAGGUCAAGGAACUGAAGAUGAAGAACAGACUUUAAAUGAAGGAGAAAUCCCAUAGUGGCAGCUUUGCACUUUGCGCUGUAGCGCCACUGCCUUUCACAACUGUGAACAAAAUGCUAAGGGUCCGUUGAGCCAUCGUUAACCAAGGAGGAAGGGAGAAGAGCAGGGAGGAAAACAGACGAUAUGGGAGUUCUCCCCAAUAAAACCCACACUUCUGGGUUUGAUGCUAAAGCUGAAUUCCACUUCCUCAUCUUAAUAGCCGAAGCCAUUCAUCACUUCUGAUCACGAACUGCUUAAAUGAGAAGCUUCAUUCAGCAGUGCUGAAACUGGGCCAGUAAAGUGGGUGCCAACUACCAAGAGGCUUCAAGGGAACAGGCAAGACCAGUGCACUCUUGGUUAUCGAUUUCAUUCACUUUGAGUCAUACUGUGAUAUGGCUCUCUGAACGAAGGCCUAAAGCAGUGUACAGUCUUCAAUCUGGCAGCUGGGCUGCACAUCAAAAUCACCACCAGCAUUGUCAGACUCAGAGGAAAUCUGGCCACACAGAAGAAAAGUGUCUCAUUUUAAAUAAUUAAAGCCUUUUUAAUUUUUGUAUUUGGUGCACUGGACAAAGAAUCUAGAAACCUUGAACUAAGGUUAUUCUGUGUACUCAAAGCUUUUUCAUGGUAGUGCCCAUUUUGUUAAUCAUUUUAUGCCACUUUAGAUAUGACUGACAUUCUUCUCACUGCAAGAACAUUUUUCCUAGCAAAUCAAAGGGAAGAGUUGUACAGUCUAAAUGUUUCCAGAUGUCUCUUUGAACGAGUGUAUCUGUGAUCCGUUUAUAUUCGCACAUGUAUGUUUCCUGUAUAUAUAAAGCGCUACUGAUUCCCAUGCCAAGAUACUGAAGUAUUAUGGGAAAGCUAUCUGUAUAAACAAUGGCACUGUGAACAAAAUACUGUUAGUUUUAGUAUCUGAAGCACUUGUAAAUAUGUUAUAGACUAUUAAUACUUUUGUUUGCAGAUAAAGGCCUUAACUUUUA